GGAUUUGGACUUCGGACUGAUUAAUAUAGAAAAUUAUGACAGUAAUCCUUAUUCGUAAUCCGCAUUAUCGUACUUGAAUUAUCGGAUUAAGAUCAAGCUUCCCUAAUCUGUGGCCUGGGCACGACGUUUGUUUUAAUAACUUGUUAUAAUGAAAGCUGUAAUCACAUCAAUUACGAUUGUACAUCGCUGCAAUCGCUGCAGAUUUUGUAACGGAAAUACCUUUGUAAUCAUGUGAAAACUCUCCCCUUUUAACUGAGGUUCAACCCUCUGUUUACUAUUUAAAAUUUAAUUCAAUGUCGCUGGUCUGCACGGGAGGAAGGCGAGAAGUGUUUCUUUUGAUGUUUUGUUGCCAUAUGAAGCGUUGUUUAUGUCCUCUUGGGAAAUGGAAGAAAGCGAAACCAGACAGAAAACUAUUCUUAAAAAGCAAAAAUCGUUGCCGUUAACAAAGAGCAAGAAUGUGCACUUUGCUGAUGUUUGUGGCCUGUCACUUGUGUCAGUUCAUAAAAUAUCUAUGGAUGAUCUGACAGUACCUUCAAAUUCUGAUUUGAAAUAUGAGAUAACAAAAGAGCUUACUGUUAACUUUGCACAGCCAAUUGCACAGCCUAACUUUGUGGAACGACUGAACAGGCUAAGUGUUUCUUUGGAGAAUGUUGUGGUUUCAAAUUGUGCGUUAAUGGGGACCAUCAAGGUUCGGAAUAUCACCUACGAGAAAUUGGUAUUUGUUCGAUGUAGUUUUGACAACUGGAAGUCAUUUGAGGAUGUUAAUGGAAGCUAUGUACCAUUAUCUUAUGAUGGUAAUUUUGAUCGCUUCUCGUUUGCAAUAACUGUGCCUAACACCAUUAAGAAUGGUGAGAAGAUAGAGUUUGCAGUUUGUUACAGAACAACGUCACCUGACAAUGAAUUCUGGGAUAAUAAUGAUAAUAAGAAUUACAUCAUUGAGUGUAAAGAGAAGCCAAUGCCAAGAAAUUCCUCAUACGGUUUGCUUUGGAGUCGUAUCAUACCAAAUUAUAAGACAUAGGGGUUCAAUAAUGUAAGUCUGGGUAAAAUUAUAGUUGGUUGCACUAUAGUUAGGCAUAAAAAUUAUGUUCAUAAUUAUUCCCCUUCAAAUGUUUCGCAUUUUUGAAGCGAGGAAUUUCAUUAAUCGAGGAAUCUCAUAUAUGUGGUAAGGAUAAAGGAUGAUUGUUUGCACUAAAAAUGGAUUAGAUAAUUGUCUUUUUAAUAACUUGCCACAAUAAACAUUGUUGGUAAUAAGUAUUUCAACAGUAGAAGAGGUAGACCAAUCAAAACAAGUAUAUUUAGAUUUAUUUGGCUGGCCACAUAACUCAAACUGUUCAAUCAGGUGUAAAAAAUAUGUGCACUUUGGAAUUUGUUAUACAUAUUUUUAU